AUGCCCCUUGGUGGUUCAGUAACGCAAGGGGUCGGAUCGUCCACCGGCGCGGGAUAUCGCCGACCGCUACUAGAAAUGCUCCAGGAGCACGGCUUCGAUGUCCAAAUGGUCGGCUCACGCAAGACAGGCUCAAUGCUCAAUAAAAACCACGAGGGUUGGCCAGGGUUUAGAAUCGAUGAAAUUGAUAAAAAAGCCCGACUCUCCACGCCAGAACUAUUGCCUCACGUCUUUGCUAUUAAUGCUGGAUCGAAUGACUGCCUCCAGUCUUUCAAGCUCGAAGAAGCAGGAGACAGAUUAGGCGACAUGCUCGAGUAUCUUUGGCAAACGUCCCCGAACUCCACGAUCAUUCUAUCUACUCUUGUAGUCAGCGCAGAUAAGCAGACUGACUCAAACGUCGUGUAUGUGAACGACCAGUUCCGCGCUCUCGCAAAGCGGAAAUCAAACGAGCAGAAAAAAAUCGUCUUCGUCGACAUGUAUAGUGAGGCUGGUCCUCAGAUCGAUUGCUUGGUCGACGGCAUACACCCGGAUAAUGAGGGCUAUGAGCAAAUGGCGAAGCUGUGGAUGAAUGGAGUUUUGGAAGCCCUGAAAAGGGGGUUCUUGCCGAGAUCGGAAGAAGAUAGCGAAUAA